AUGGCAUCCAAUAUCCUCCCGAUCAAAGUAUGGGGAAAGGGUGGUCCCAAUCCUCCCCGGGUAGCCAUCAUUCUCGAAGAACUAGGCCUCCCCCAUGAAUUUGAACCCAUCACACUAGCAGAUGUGAAAACCCCAGAGUACCUCGCCAUCAACCCCAACGGUCGACUACCCGCAAUCUACGACCCAAAUACCGACCUCACGCUCUGGGAAUCCGGCGCAAUCGUGGAAUACCUGGUAGAGCGGUACGACAAAUCUCGCAAAAUCAGUUUCGAACCCGGCUCCAAGGAAGCCCAGCUAGCGCGUCAGUGGCUUUUCUUUCAAGCUUCUGGCCAAGGACCGUACUAUGGGCAGGCGGCCUGGUUUAAGAGGUUCCAUUCCGAGCAAGUACCUAGUGCAAUUGAGCGCUAUGUCAAUGAGAUCAAUCGUGUUUCGGGUGUAGUGAAUGAUUUCUUGAGUAAGCAGGGAACUGGAGAUGGGGGUCCAUGGUUGGUUGGGGGACGUAUUUCCUAUGCGGAUUUGGCUUGGGCUACUUGGCAGAUCACGGUGACCAAAAUUAUCAAAGAGGAAGAUGGGUAUGAUGUGAAUAAUUUUCCAAUUGUGAAGGAUUGGUUGGACCGUAUGUUGAGCCGGGAGCAUGUGAGGAAGGUUAUUGAGGAAAGUCGUCAGUUAUAA